AUGGGGAUUAACAAGUCGGGGGGAGAUUUGGCAGAUUCAACCCCAGCUAUGAGCAAAUUGCUUGGCUCCGAAGCCGAUUCUCAAAGAACUCUGUAUCCAUAUGUUACUGGUACCUCAGUGGUUGGCAUCAAGUAUAAAGAUGGCAUUCUCUUGGCUGCAGAUAUGGGAGGUUCAUAUGGGUCUACCCUGCGUUACAAAACCGUGGAGCGAUUGAAGCCUGUAGGAAGGCACUCUGUUAUAGGUGCCAGUGGUGAAAUAAGCGAUUUUCAGGAGAUAAUGCGCUAUCUUGAUGAGCUUAUCUUAUAUGAUAACAUGUGGGACGAUGGAAACUCUCUGGGACCUAAGGAGGUCCAUAACUACCUGACAAGGGUGAUGUACAAUCGUCGUAAUAAGUUCAACCCACUUUGGAACUCACUUGUGCUUGGGGGAAUAAAAAACGGGCAGAAGUAUCUUGGGACGGUUAGCAUGAUUGGUGUGCACUAUGAGGACAACCAUUUGGCAACUGGAUUUGGUAAUCACCUUGCUCGGCCCAUUCUGCGUGAUGAAUGGAAUGAGAACUUGACAUAUGAAGAGGGUGUAAAAUUGCUGGAGAAAUGCAUGCGUGUGCUCCUUUAUCGCGAUAGAUCGGCUGUUAACAAACUUCAGAUUGCAAAAAUCACUGAGGAAGGUAUCACGAUUUCUAAGCCAUAUGCAUUGAAGACUUUCUGGGAUUUCAAUGCUUUCAAGAAUCCCACUGCAGAAGGAGAAGAAAAGAAGGUGUCUGGUGGGAGAAGAAUAGUGACUGGAUUUUCUCCAGUCUCUUCAGCUCAUGUUUUCUGGAAAUCCAGAAGAAGCUCUGCUGCAACCAACACGAAGAACACAAACGAGGCAUUACAAAAACCGAGCAUGCAGGACAACAAAGAUAAAAAAGAACCGGCAAACAGCUUCUCCUUCUCCAUCCUUUCCGAAAAGCGUAAGGCUUUGUUCGAGUCGCUCGAGCCAGUCAACAACGCGAACGGAAAACGCCCGUCAGCAGAUUCCCUACUCCCACCUCCCGAUUUUGAGUCCGCUACCUACCCCAAAGGCUGGCUCAUUGGGAAAAAACGGAAGCUUGUCAAUGUUGAUGUUGUCGAGAGCAUGCGGAGGAUUGCUGUUCAAGAAAUGAACCGAAAGGACAGGGAGAUUGAUGGGCUUAACGAGCAACUAGAAGAGGAUGCACGGUGCCUAGAGCAUUUACAGCUGCAGCUUCUUGACGAAAGAAGCAAACGAGCUGAUGUGGAGAGACAGAAUGCAAUGCUUCAAGAACAGAUAACGAUGCUUAUGGAGAUGGUGCAGGAGAACGAACCAGUGGACGAGGACGAACAAGGUCCCGAUGGAAACUAAAAUUGUUUUUCCAAUUAUUAAUUUGUGCCUUUAUAUUCUUUAUGUGCACAUGCUGUGGUAUGUAGUGUAGAAAGUAUAGAAUUAAAGGGUUUGUCUGCUAAACUGUGUAUACAUUCCUGUGUUUCAUCCUUAUUUAUGGUCUUUUUUUUUU